GUUUAGUCAAUUUAGAUUAAAUGUAUUGCAAUUAGGCUACUCUCUAACAGCUGUACAAUAGCAAUGGAAGUUUGUGAAUAUUAAGCCAUACAGUUACAGGGUAUAUAAUUAAUUAUAAUUAAAGGCAGGGUAUUUGCAAAAGUUUUACUGAUAAAAUCUAAUAAUGCUUUCUUUGUCUAGGCGAUGGUUCUCGCUACUCUUGCUGAACACUCACUCCCUUUCACCUUUGCACCAGUGAUGGUGAACUUGGCCCAAGUGCUGGCCGAGGACAAAGUAGCUCUGAGUGGGCUCAAGCUGUCACGCACGUCGGCAGUUUAUAAAAUGGUGCAUGGGUUGGGAUUCACAUUUUCAGAGAGGAUCUUCUGCAAUACCCAGAAAUAUCCAUUUUCUAUCAACCUUGAUGAAAGCACUACCAAUGGGGAUAGAAAAGUGCUUUCCAUCCUGGUUAGCUAUUUCAACCCAGACAGGAAGAUGGUUGAUGUGGGACACCUUGGAUCUUUAGAGGUGUUGAAGGUAAACGCUCUCAAGCUUGAGAAGUUGCUGGAGAAGUUUUUUGAAGAGAACAACAUCCCAUGGUCCAAUCUUGUCAGCAUGCUGAUGGACUCCUGCGGUGUUAUGCGAGGCAGUAAGCAGGGGUUGGAAACGAGAAUACGCCAGAACCACUGCCCAAGCCUACUCGAUAUUGACGGUGAUAGUUGUCACCACAUCCACAAUUCUGCAAAGGUUUUUGCAGCUUCUUUCAGCAACCAUCUCGAAAAGCUUUUCAGUGACCUACAUACUGAUCAUCAAUGGGCCACAGACCAGGUUAGAAUUCAUUUCAAUUUCUUUUAGAGGUAUUUUUUAGUUCAGAAUGAUGCAUGCAACUGACUGCAAUGCGUGCCUCUACACUAAUACACUAACAACCUAAUUUUAUCUUUACAGUAACUUACCUGCUGCUAUACUUACCUUUUGGGAGAGUGUAUUUUCUAGAUGUAUAUUCUAGAUCUACAUGCAUAUUCUAAUUUACAUUCUAAAAUUCUUUAAUACGUACUGUCAUAUUUACCUGAGAAAAAUCAAAGUGAAUCCUUGUAUCUUUCUUAAGCCCUUUAAAAAAAAAAAAACUUUAGAUUUUUUUCUCUCUCUCUUAGUUGGCAUACCUCAGAGAGAUAUGCCAGUUCAUGAGCAUUCCUUAUUCAGCUCCUAAAAGAUUUGUUCAUCAUCGCUGGCUAUCGGCUUAUGAUGUUGCCAUUAGCACCCAGAGGCUGCUUCCUGCCUACAAGGUCUUAUAUUACGGCUUUAUGGACAAGGAAGACAAGGCCCUCUACAAGGACCCCCUAAAGCAGCUCUUUGCUGACUACAACGUGAGCGAAAAAGCUCAGAUACAGGUUCGGUACUUUCAUGAGGACCUCAGAAAAAAAGGCAUGACGCAGCUGGGAAAAGACCGGAAGAAAAGGGUGAUUCGGAAGGUGUGGCAUGAAGCCACCAUAACUGAGCUGCAACUCAGUGUCUAUACAGGAGUGCUACCAAUCCUUAAGGAGUAUGUAAUGGUGUUCCAGGGCAGUCAGACACUUGUGCAUACACUUCAUGACAAACAGCUGCAAGUUUUCUUGAACUUCCUUGCCUGCUUUGUGAAAUCUGAACACCUGAACCUGAUGCCCAAAACUCUGGCUACCCUGGAGAUCGACAUCAACAAGCUGCUACCUUUGAGGAAGAUGUAUGUGGGGCGGGAGGCUGAUAGAUUUAGAGCGGCACAUCCACAACACCCUCUGCUGAAGCCAUUCCUGCAGGAGGUGUCCAAGGCAUACAACACAUGUGCCAAAUACUUGCAGAAAAAGCUGCCUCUACAAAGUGAAACCCUGCAGUCUUUGUCAGCCGUGGACCCAGUUGUGAGAGGGCACUCUCAGACGUUAGUCAAACUGAGGAAACUCAUUGAACUGAUGGGUCACCUGCUACCACCUGAUGCUGACACACACCAGGAGAUUUUGAGAUAUAAUGUGGACCAGACGCUGCCCAGUUACCAAGAUGGAGAGGAUGUUGUGAAGUGGUGGGCCUCUGUCUUUGAUACUGGGAAAUAUCCAGGCCUGUGUCAGGCAGUGAAGGCAGCCAUGUCAAUUUUCCAUGGUCCCCUGGUUGAAUCAUCUUUCAAUGUCAUGGGCAACAUCAUUGACCAAAGGUCCACCAGCAUGAACAUCUCCACCUUCAGUGCUGUCCAGACCGUGAAAUAUGCUUUGCUGUGCAGGAAGCAGAGUGGUGUGCAAAUGUUCAGAAGGAAUGAUGUGAAGCUUGGUGUUGUAGAUCGGAGGCUGUGUGGCAACAUUUGCUCAGCUGGAACAAGGGACAAAGCCCAGCGACAAAAAAAGUUGAUUAAAGUGAGGGAGAGGAGGGUGGAGUUUGGCUGCCAGCCAUCCACCAGUGCUUCAGAGAGUAGGGCGGAAGUGGUGGAAAGAGAGAGUGUGGCCCGAAAGAGGCACAUGGCCAAGCAACGAAAACAGGCCCUUGAAAGGCUGGUCCAGGACAAAAAAUGUAAAAAAUGAGUUUUUAAUUAUUAGCUAUUAAAUAGAUUAAAUUAGUAUGAUAUAUUAAUAAAUGUUUUUACCUUAAGCAAAUGUUGUCUUUUCCCUUUUAUUUUCCUCUUUGAGUACACCAGAAUGCUUAAUUUACAUGUUAAAAUCACAAAAAAAAUCUGGGGGGACCCCCCUACAGGGGUUUGGUUUGUCACCUUUUUCAACCCUUCCGAGUUUGCAGGUAUGGAUAUGACAAGGGAAAUAUAGAUAUUAUAUGAAUGGAUGGGUUUUAUAUGAUGGGUUAAGGUAUGUCUGAGGACAGGACUGAAGCUAAGAGAUGGUAAGUGUCAUGAGCUGUGGGGGAGAUAAUGUAGCUGAAUGGAUGGUAGUUUAUUUAAAGAGUUAAAGUUAGGGGAAAUAGACACUCAUAAUGGAGAAAAUGAAAAUGGUCUAUAAUUAUAUGUAAGGUAACUGGGUAAACUACUGAAUCUUUAAGUCUACAUGAGGCAGGAGCGCUGCACGGAGCAGUCAUGCGCUGGGACACAGGAGUGAACUGGAGGAGUGUGAGAGAAUGGAUGAACUGAAGGUGGGUCAGCUGCAUACAAUCAUGGGUGUGAUUGGAGACGAAAUGCAGCUGGAAGUUUGAAUGUCAUGGAAGGAACGGGUGUGUGAGUGUGCCGAAGGGGAGCUGCUGAAGCAGACUUCAGCACAAACUUAAAGGUAAGUAUAUGUUAUAUGUGGGAAUCUUUGUUUUAAUCAAGCAUUUGGGGAAUUAUGUUAGUAUAACAUUAAGACAUAUGUGGGAAAUUAUGGAAUGCAAUCUCUGGAUAUCGUAAUACACACUUUGGAAGUAUGCCUAGGAAAUAUGUGAAAAUUAUGUGUAUAGAUUGUUUUUAAUCUUUGGAAUUAUAUAUACACAGGUGGAAGCUUAUGGACUGGUCCAGUCGGGAGACUGGUGAUGGGUUAUGGUUCUUAAAACAAAAGAAUCUCCAGCCAAUAGGGCUGAGAGGUGAAGGGGUUAAGUGUGUUGUAUCGUGUUAACUGUUUUGCAGGACCACUAGGCGGUGGGACUACCACAAUUCGAGGGAGCUGAGUUGGAGUGGGGACCAUUCAGAUGUAGCAGCUGGACCUGGGUGAAGGGCUGCCAAGGUCAUGGACAUGCUGCAGUGGAUGGAUGUGUCUACCCUUGGGGAAAGGAAACUGAUGGAACAUGGUCAGAGGAGGCUUUCCGGCAGACUCAGAUGGAGGACCUCAUCAGUGGAACUUAUAAGAAGAUGUUUGUUGUGGGACAUCCAUAACAAUUCUACAACAGCACGCAGAACAUUCAUACAUAUUAAGACUGUACCACUUGCAUAACAUUGCAUACAUAACUGGAUGUGUAUUGUUUAUAUUUAUAUUGCUUGUUUUGUUUGUUUUAAUGUUUGGUUUUCUGUAUGUUUGUUUGUAUUGUAUUUUUGUAUGUUUCUUUAUAUUUUACACAACACUGCGUUCAGAAACUGAUGGAAAAGAGGAUGUGCAUGGUUGCCUUUCACAGCCUGCGGAAUGCAGGUGUCGCUGUACAGGACAGGGCAAUGGGUCCAGUUUUUACCUUAAAAUAAGAAGGUUUUUGUUCUCAUCUGUGGGGAUAGGGGCAUGGCAUCUCGGGAGUAAAGGAACACCAGAAUGUGGAUACUGAUAUUGUUACACCUAAGUUUAUCCAUGUGAAUGGAGACUGAACGAAACGCACAACACUGCAUACACGAUAAGAUGGUUGUAUUACAUUUUGUAUGUUCUGUAAACAUUACUGUAUGCUCAUCUAGGACCACCCUAGUGAGACUGUUGUAUUGUAUGGGGGUAUUAAUAUGGAGUUAGAUGAAGUGGAUGGACUGUUUAAAAUAAUGCUAAAACUGGGUUUUGAUGUAUAGGAGUUCAAAUGUACUUGUUUCAUCAUAUGGUAGAUUGAUAGUGUGUAUUUGAUAGAGUUAUGAAAA